AUGUCGGUGGCCACGUGGGCGUAUGCCCAGGGGCCGGAGGAAGCCUUCGACAUGCUGUCGGACACGAUGGCAUGGCAGCCCGGCGUCGCUGGCGCCGUGGGCAGCGCCAAGGACCCGCGGGAGCUGGCCCUGGCGGCGGCGGCGCCCCUGCAGCAGCGGCGGCCGCGACAACAGGCGGAGCCCUCGCUGAUGCUGAUGUCGGCGGAGCUGACGCCGAUGGCGGCAGCGAUCCAGGUGGCGGUGGCGAUGAUCGCGGCGAUGGUGACGUCGCUGCUGCAAUACUGGCCGCUCAAGAGCCCGACGGUUCCUGCCGGCAGCGCGUCAACGCCGCGGCGGCGCACCGCCGAGCUGCAGCGCCUCCAGCGAGCGGCAGUAGAUCUGCCAGGCCGCCAGGCCAAGGCUCUUCCUAAGUUCGCUUUCAGGAAGCGUGCUAAACCAGAUGGCCGCGUGAUCAAGAAACCAGCUGCGCAAUGGAAAGGCAUUGGAUCUUCAGAAUGGGUUGCGAAGAAGCUGUGCGACGACUCCUUGGGGCUCGGUGUUAAUAAGUUUACUGGGCCGCGCGAGUUCAAUGACUUUGGAGAUUGGCCACGAAAGCUGAUCGCAGCCAUCUUCAAGCCUACUGGGGCCAGCCGGGCCAGCGGUGCAAACUCGUUGGACAAGGAAUAUAGAGCUCGCGCGGACCGCUUCGUGAAUCUACACGCCCACGGGCACGUGGUGCAUUCGUACUACUCAGGGAUGCUCACAGAGGUUGCCGCGCUGAGGGCCGUCGGCUCCAUCAUGCACCAGUCCGAUUUACUGCCGAGGCCAUCAGAGUGGCUUGUGGUUUGGAACGGCUGCGACAACAACCCUACGAGCCAGCAAGUUGCACUGCAAUCCUGGAGGCGCCCGCUGCACUACUGGUCGUCCUUGCAACACUUGGUGCCCGCGGCCCCCCGGAAGGUGAUCAAGAGCAUGCGACCCCGCAAGGAUGCCGACGUGGAAGUUAGGGCCAAGGCGUUCCACAACAUGCGAUGCCACAUCGACCGCAACAAAUCAAAAUGGUUCUGCAGGGACUCCAUGGUGGAGCGCCUCAUCCAUGGAACGCAGUGCUUCCUAGCAUGGGAGAAAGACGACCCGAACGACCCGCAUCGCCCGCUCACCGCCGUCUUCGGGGGCUUCAGCUGUCAGCCAUUUUGCCCAGCAGGUGGUCACUUGAAGGAGGCGCACGACGCGUCGGAGCCGUACUCCAUCUUUGAGUCAAUGAAUAACCAGAUCCAGACAGACUUCAUCCACCUGGAGAACAGCCACUUGUUCGACGAGAAUGUUGCCAUAAAAGACUUUGGCAAGGGCCGCUGGAUCCGCUUCGCGCGGAUCUUCAUCAGUGGCGGCCUCGCGGCGACCGCGGCGAGCCUCCUCCCGGAGAACCCGACGGAGGUCAAGAACAUGUUCUUGAAGAUAUUCGGCGGCGUCCCUGGCGCGGACGUGGGAGAUCUGAUCGGCAAGGAUGCACCAGAGAAGAUCUAUGCCGCCCGCGUGAAUUUCAAGCAGAGUUCCAGGACCAUGAUCGAUGAUGACAUCAUGCAUCACCUGACUGGCACGAACAAGUUCCGCAUGCAGCAGUGCAUGAAGCUGGUGGCGACCGAGCGGAGAGGCUCCAAGAAGUCAGAGGCAAUGUGCGUGGACUUGUCGCAGAACCCACGGAAGAGGUUCGUCGCUAUGCCAUACUUCCCGAGUGCAGGAUGCAAUCACGAAUUCAUUGCCAUAUCGAACAAAGCGGAUAAGAAGUGCCACGUUUUCACGCACAGUGAGCUGAACCACGCCCGAGGCUGGCCCAGCACCGAGACCGAGAGCAACGCUGCGUGGAGGAACGACAUUGGGAUUGCUUUCGAGCCCGAGGGCAUGACCAUCAACCAGAGCCGCAGGCUCCACGGCAACGCCAUUAACUUACCCGUGUUGAGCGCUUGGUACCUGUUCGUGAUGAGCCACAGCGCUCGGUCCCCCGCCCUGCCUGCAGCCAGCAGCGUCGGCUUCUCGAGCGCUCCGGCCCCGGAGGCCUGUGACGACCUCAGCCGCGGCAGCCGCGGCAGCGCGAGCACUCUGACUUACCCAGAGUAA